GCGACGUAAACAGAGGCGGAGGAGAGAGCAGUCUCGAGAAGUUUAGUUCAUUUUACUUAAUCAAGAUGGAUUGGUUUAGGAGAAUGUUUGGUUUUCCUGACAGAAGAAGCUAUCCAGAUGACAAUCCAUUUAGAAAUCCUACUUGGGAAGAGAUUAUGGGGAACAGAGACAGAAUGGAGCCGCCUCACAUGCACCGGCCUGGGGUUUAUGAUGACUUCUUUGGACCUGGGGGACCUGAGGAUCACUUCACUUCAGUCUUUGGUCAAAUGGACAGCAUGUUUCAGCAGCUAGAUGCUAUGAUGCAAGGCCUGCAACAGCACCCUGGACAUUUCGUGAUUACAGAGGAGCCAGAAAAUCCAUCAGAAAAGCUAGCACCUCGAGAUUUCAUGCUAAAGGCACCCGACAGUGAUUUGGCAGAGGAACCAGGUCUUCCUCAGGACAGACCUUUAGAAGGGGAGUCGCAUGAAGGACAUCAGCACUGGGGUCCCCAUGGUUUCAGCGGUGGCUUUGGAGGCUUCGGAGGCUUUCAUGGGGGCAUACAUGGAGGCUUGAACGAUCCAUUUCACAUGAUGGAGGAAUUUUUCCACAACUUUGGAAGACAUUUUGGAGGGCCAUCCUUUGAAGGACCGCAUGGUGGUGGUCCUCCAAUGCUACCAGGGCCGGGCAUGGAUCAUUCUGACAGCAAUAGGGAUUCAGUGCUAAAGGAAGAUUCAGAUCUAGAUGACAGGGUUUCGGGCGGCCUUUCCCAGCUAUUAAAAGAAGGACCACAAUACGACUCCCUUAACCCACCUGCAGGAAAUACACCAUUUGGCCCUCCAGAUGGCGGGCAGCUUCAGCCUGGGAUUCAACGCAGGUUCCAUUCGUCCACUAUUACCCGAAUUCGAAGACCUGACGGGUCCAUCGAAGAGACGAGAAAAUACCGCGACAGCACAGGUCGAGAAGAAGAGGUUGUCACUCACUACCAGCCAGAAACGGAAGCCUCGCCGGGAGGUCUCCUAAAGCCAGGAGAGGGAGGGAGGGAUGGACCUGAGGGAGGCCAUCACGCUACUCCUGGGCCGUCGAUCUUUUCAUGGCUCUUCACCCGAUAGAUAUUUUAUUGACAGUUAUCUCGGUUUUCGCUCUUUAAAACGAUAUAUCUAUAGAUUUUGAGUGUUCUUCAAAAAUUGUCUAUUUAACAUAGUAUAUAUGAAUAUGAAUCAGCCAUUUUUGAAUAUUGUAUGAUUGCAUGCAUGUUUAUGCAUUCAGAAAACAAAAGUAAAGAAAGUGUAAGCAUUUUAAUCUUUUAUACUUCACUUUUUUCUUCACUUUUCUUGGCAUAAAAAAAUACAAAUAAACUAUGAAUGUUUAUGGAAGAAUAUAUGGGGGUCUGUAUAAAGUGAUAGAAUAGUGGAAAACUACGUUAUUUGAGUGUUUGUUUUAAAACAUUAGACAGCUUUUUGGAUUGCUAUAAUUUAUGUUUAUAACAAGAAAUAUGUGAAUAUAUCAAAAUAAGUGUCUGUUGUUUUGAACACAUUUUACGUGGAUUUAAUUAGUUGAUUGUUUUCAUGCUAAUAAGUUUGUAUCUAUAGUAAUAAGAUGGGGAUGAGUGUAAAAAGAAAUAUCUUUUAUUAAUAAAAUAUAAAACAUUUA